AUCGAAUAUUGCUAGCAGAACUACGCAAUAAUCUUUAUCAAUAUUUAUAAAAAAAACAUUAUUUUUGAGUGAUCAUUAUACUUUUAGUUUAUGGUUUAUGCAAUUAAAAUUUAGUUAUUCAAUAAACCUUCAAUAAUGUCAAAAAUAUUUACUCCAACUAAUCAAAUUCGGCUCACAAACGUAGCUGUUGUACGGAUGAAAAUAAACGGGAAACGCUUUGAAAUAGCGUGUUAUCGGAAUAAAGUGAUUUCGUGGAGGAACGGGAUGUAUGCAUUUCAACAGCUUUACCUAAAAAGUAUCUAUUUUAAAAAUGUUUUUUUUGUUUUUAGUGAAAAAGACAUUGAUAAGGUAUUACAGACACAUUCAGUAUUCACUAAUGUAUCCGAAGGACAAGUGGCUAAAAAAGAAGAUUUGCAAAAAGUUUUUAACACAGAUAACUUAACUGAUAUUUGCAAACAUAUCCUAGUGAAAGGAGAGUUACAGAUUUCUGAUGAAGUAAGAUCAGCUCAAUUGUAUGCACCUUUGAAAGAUAUAGCUACUAUUGUUGCUGGUAUUUAAAUAACACACAAUGAUACAUAAAUAAAUAAUUACAAUUUAAUUAUAAGGUAAUUAAAUAAUUGAUAAGGUUUUAAUUUCAGGUCAAUGUGUGAACCCUGAAACCAGAAGACCAUACUCAAUAACCGUGAUAGAAAAAGCAAUGAAAGAUGUACAUUAUUCUGUAAAACCAAACAUGAACGAUCAACAACAAGUAAAUAAUAAUUAUCCUUAAUACUCUGGUACUUCUAACUAAUUUAUUGUAUUUUUUUUGUACAGGCUCUUGAAGCCAUACGUUUAAUUAGAGCUGUGUUACCACUUGAAAGGGCUAUGAAACUAAAAAUUCAAUAUUCUAACAUAAGAUUUGAUCAACUCUGGGACAAAGUAUUAAUUUUCGGGUCAACAAUUUAUUCAAUUCAAUGGAAUUCUGGGGAUUUUACUUUGGUACUAGACAAAUACAUUUAUAUUAUAUUAAUUAAUUUGGCAUUUUCACCUAAAUUUUAUUAUGUGUAUUUAAUUAUUUAGAUUCUACUUAUCAAUCCUGACAAUUAUAGACAGAUAGAACGCUUACAAACAAGUACAGAACAUACUUUUCACAUGGAAGUUCUUAAUUUAGAAGAUGUGUCUUUUGAUUGAUCAUAUUAGGUUAUCACUAUAUUUGUAUUACUAUUAUAAAUGUAU